AGGAUCGGAUCAUAACAACUUUUUUAACAAGCACAACAAUAAAAUCUAGCUUACAUAUUUUACAAGAUCCACCUAAAUUCAAUGCCCUGCUUGAAAUGUCACUCUCUCUUGCUAUUUAAUUAUUGUUUUUUAAUCAACUGUUUGAAAAGUACCAAUGUUGCCGACUUCCCGCGAGAAAGUGAUCAUACAAGGGCGCAUAUAUUAUGGGAUCGAAAGAUUUACGCAUACUGUUACUUCUCCAACACACUCAUUUUGAUCGUAUAUAAAAUGUCCUUAUCCACUCAAUUUAUUUGUAGAGUAAAAAUGUAAAAUCGACCACCAAUUAUUUAUUGGAAUAAUUGCUGUAUUUUUUGUGUUUUUAUUUUACAUUUCUCGUCUUUUCAGUUUUUGGUUAAUUCUUUUUAUUUUUGGGUCAGGAUUUGGUUUACUUCUUUAUGGACAAUGUAGAAAACCAUCACCCAUAAACGGGCCUAUUGGGCCUUGGGAUGUAAGGUGUAUGGCAAUUUGGUAAUAAAAGCAGUUCGGAGAUCGAGAGCGAAUUUUCAUUUGUAAACGUUAAAGGAAAAAAAAAGCCGCGAAAGCAACGAGCACCAAAGCAUUGGUAUUCUUGACUCUUGAGAAGAAUCUUGGAGAAUCUCCGUCAAUGGCGUGGACCCUCCGUCCAUUCACCGUGAUGUGCAUCGUAACCUUGCUGAUGAACGCCGUGAGCUGCAUUCCGAGCAUAGAGUUCGAUUCAAUGCUGGAGAGUCUACGGGAGCGAGGGUACGACCUCUUCUGCAACGCAAUCGUGACCUCUGAUCUGCAAUUCGACAUUUUUGCUUACCAGAAUCAGAGACGGCAAGAAGAAGAAGAAGAAGAAGAAGGAAACAGCACAAGAACUAACAGCCAUGCGCGCAACACCUUCACGUUUUUCGCGCCAACCGAUGCUUCCCUUUUUGCCCUCGAUAUGACGCAAACGGCGUCGUCUUACACAGAUACACUCCGAUUCCACGUCGUACCUCGCCGCCUCUCCGUCACCGAGCUCCGCCGCCUCCCUGAAGGCUACGGCCUCCCCACUCUCCUCUCCAAGCGCCGCCUCGAGGUCACUCGCAGCCCCGCCUAUGCCUUCGGCAUCUCCGUCGGCGGCGUUGAGAUCGCCUUCCCCGGCCUCUUUUACGGCCGAUACGUCGCCGUUCACGGCCUCUCCGGGAUCCUAAGCCUCCGCUCGAACGCUGUCUCUGGUGUUUCCUCUGUUCCCCCUUCUCCGCCGCCGGUGGUACCUCCUUCUCAGGAACGGGGGCCCGUGGGGGUUCCUCCGGUUGCUUCCUCCGGUCGCCGGUGGAGAAAUAAUCCUAACAGGCCGGACAAAAGAACGUUUCUUGCUCCUAAUUCUCCUCCUGCGCGUCCGGUGCCGAAGGGGAUUUCGUUCAACAUCACGGACCAGCGGCGACAUCAUCCUCCGGUUGAAGUUCCAGCGCCUGCACCCAACGCCGUCAGUAGGCGAGCUCCUCCGCCUACUUCUCCAGUAAUGGGAAGGAUUAAUGCUCCACUUCCCGGACCUGCAGCUGACUCUCCUACGAGUCUUGAUAUUGCUCCCGUCAUGACGCCGGUGGUUGCGACUCCGAUAUAUCCACCGGAAGGGUUUUCAGACGCGCCGAUUGAAGAGAAACCUAGUGUUUCGGUUGUGGAAAGUUGGGGUGGUGAAUUGGAAGGAGUAGUAGAAAUGCCGAAGAAUACGUUAUUAGACGAAAACAUCACCAGAAAUUGUGACUUAGAAGGGAGUGGUCCCAUGGAUAAUGCUGAUCAGCCUCGCAUCAUGCAGUGUUACGCUUCCUAGAAUCUUGCACAGAGUGAGUGACCUU